GCCAACAGAAGAGGAGUGGAAUCAUUCAUUCAUUCAUUCAUCCAUGGCUCCCCUCUUCGCCUCCUGCCACGCAUCCCACGCGUCCCUCCUACUCCUCUCCCCCAACCCCGCCGCCGCCGCGCGUCUGCGCGUCGGUGGCCUCCGAGUCAGGCGGCCCCGCCGCCUCCGCCUCCCCGUACGCACCGCCGCGGGAGGCAGCCCACUCGACGCCGAGAUCCCCGACCCUACAGUCGACGACGACGAGUGGGGCCGCGAGCCGCCCGCUUCCGCGCCGGGUUGCUCGCGCCCCGGCGUCACCGACGAGUGGGGCGAGCCGGGGGUGGCCGAGCCUGAGCAGCCCUCCGGCGCCGACACCCCUACCAACGACGACGAGUGGGGCGGGGAGCCCACGCCGACGCCGCCCAAGGCGAAGGAGGCUCCGGUUACGAAGGAGGACGAGGGGCGGGAGGAGCUGAAGCGGUGCUUGGUGGACACGGUGUACGGCUCCGGCCUGGGCCUCAAGGCGUCCUCGGAGGUCAGGGGGGAGGUCGUGGAGCUCGUGGCCCAGCUCGAGGCUGCCAAUCCCACGUCCGCGCCCGUCCAGGCGCCAGAGCUCGACGGAAACUGGAUACUCCUGUAUACAGCAUAUUCUGAGCUUCUACCGAUUCUGCUUGCCGGGGCAACACCAUUCACCAGAGUUGAUAAGAUAUCCCAAGAAAUCGACUCGAGAAGCAUGACAAUAAUUAAUGCUUCAACUAUUUCGACUCCAUUUGCUUCCUUUUCAUUCAGCGCAACUGCUUCUUUUGAAGUCCAAACUCCAUCAAGGAUAGAGGUCCAAUUCAAAGAGGGGAGCUUCCAGCCUCCUGAGAUAUCAUCAUCGGUAAAUCUACCUGAACAGAUCGCCAUAUUCGGACAGAAGUUCAGCCUAGGGCCUGUUAAGGAGCUGCUGGAGCCUUUGCAGCGAGCAUUUGCUAGCAUUGCAGGGUCCAUCUCUGGGCAGCCACCCCUCAAGGUACCGAUUCCUGGCGACAACAAGGCCAAGUCGUGGCUUUUGACAACCUACCUGGACAAAGACUUGAGGAUUUCAAAAGGCGAUGGAGGCGGCGUGUUUAUUCUUGCCAAAGAGGGGAGCCCUUUACUAGAUUAACUGUACAUGUGUAAUAGGUGUCAAUAUUCAUAUCUGCAAGGUUGAAAACCAGAGCUACAAGCCUACAACGGAGCAUUCUUCCCCCUCUUUGAUACACAAUUUUCUGGUGGUUUUCUAGAGUCUGGCAGAAUCAACUAAAUAUUGUCAGUAUGGCGUCUCCAUACACUUUUUGCUCCUUGGUAACUAGUGUACAUUUUUUGUGUUAUUAAAAAGGAAUGUACACAUUACUUUAUCGUAA